AUGGCCCUCAAGCGCAUUAACAAGGAGUUGAUCGAUCUCGGCCGGGACCCGCCCUCCUCCUGCAGCGCAGGCCCGACGGGCGAUAACAUGUUCCAGUGGCAGGCGACGAUCAUGGGGCCGGGCGACUCACCGUAUGCGGGCGGCGUGUUCUUCCUCUCGAUCACGUUCCCGACGGACUACCCCUUCAAGCCUCCCAAGGUCAGCUUCACGACGAAGAUUUACCACCCGAACAUCAACGCGAACGGCUCGAUCUGCCUCGAUAUCUUGAGGGACCAGUGGAGUCCAGCAUUGACGAUCUCGAAAGUGCUCCUUUCGAUCUGCUCAAUGCUGACGGACCCGAACCCUGACGACCCCCUCGUCCCCGACAUCGCGCACUUGUACAAGACCGAUCGGGCUCGGUACGAGGCAACGGCUCGGGAGUGGACAAGGAAGUAUGCCAUGUAA